CAUCUUGUAGGGGUGUCUCAACGGUAAACAUAGGGAGGAGGAGAAGGGGCCGACUUGGUGUCGAAACAUGGACGACUCAAUGAUGGAAACUUACAAGGAAACUGCACACCGAUGGACUGAUGAUGAAACAAGAACAUUUAUUCACUUGCGGGCUCUGAAUGAUCAUCUUUUUACAGGCAAGAGGAACGCUGCCAAACACGGAUGGGAAACUGUAUUGAUACAACUAGGUCUGCAGGAUAAAGUCUCGAUCACACAAGCAGGGAAAAAGUGGGAAAAUAUGAAGAAAAAAUAUAAGGAAAUGAAAAAUCUGGCCACAGUUUCUGGGACAGAAUCCUUAGAAACCACAGCUGCAAUGUGGCGGUGGUACUUCGAAAUGGACGAUGCGUUUGGGAGUAAAGAUUCGAUUAGCCCAUCAGUCCUGUAUGCAUCCUCCAGCAUGGAUCAGCCAAGUGCAAGCCCCUUGUCUCCAGCCAGCAUGUCCUCUGCUUGUCUCAAUUCCAGCGGGACACCGGAGAGGUGUACCAGCACUGAAAUCCUAGACUUGUUAAAAGAACACGUUACAAAAGAGGAGCACUGUAGCCAUGCUGAGAACGGAUCAGAGGCUGUUGUUACUCCACAAGACUUUGCACAUUGCAGUCAACUUGAGUUGAAAAACAUUGAGGAAUCAAUCGCGGGCACCGUCAAGGAAGCUGCUCACAAAUGGACUGAUGGUGAAACCAGAAUAUUUAUCCACUUGCGAGUUCAGAAUGAUCAUCUUUUUACAGGCAAGAAGAAUGCUGCCAAACACGGAUGGGAAACUAUAUUGAAAGAGCUUGGGCUGCUGGACAAAGUCUCAUUUGCACAGGCAGCUAAAAAGUGGGAAAAUCUGAAGAAAAGAUAUAAGGAAUUGAGCAACACGACUAUAGGUUUUGAGUCAGAAUCCAAGCAAAACACAGCAGCUACAUGGCGCUGGUACUUUGACAUGGAUGAAGCAUUCGGGAAUAAAACUUUAAUCUCCCCACCAGUCCUGAUAGCUUCAUCCACUAUGGAGCAGCCGACUCCCCCGUCUCCCGGCAGCGCUGCCUCCUCUUCCUCAGCUUGUCACAGCUCCAGCCCCGAACUUCCCAGGCGGACGCCAAAGAAGAGGAGGAGAUCCAGCAACGAAAUCCUGGACUUUUUGAAAGAGCAAGCGGAAAAAGAAGACAAGCGGGAGGCAGAGGCACAGAAACGUGUUGAUCGGUUCUUGGAACUGUUUACAAAAUUAAUAGAUAAGAUGUAAUAGCCAUAAAUAUGACUAGGAAGCUGAGGGGAGUACAGAAACAGUAACAGCAACGGUCAUGCACCUGACAUGUGCCCUUUAAAUACUCCACAGCGUUCCCUAUACUAAACACUGGCUCAGUAAAUCGUGUAAUAUACAACCUGUUGGUGAAUUUUUUUUUUUUUUUUUUUUUUUUAAUAAG